AUGUCUGUGGGAAGAAGCGAGAUUCUUUCGCUUUACCGGACAUUGCUGAAGGAAAGCAAGAGGUUCACGGACUACAAUUUCAGAUCGUACGCGUUGAGACGAGUGACGGAUGAGUUCAAGGCGAAUAAGAACAAAUCGGAUCCAGCCGAGAUCCGCAAGUUGCUCGACAAUGGGAAGGAGCAGGUUGCAGUUAUCCGACGACAGGUGACGUUAGGAAUGCUUUACAGGUCUCCUGCGAACGUGUUGGAAGUGGUGCACGAGAAUCGUGUUUAA